GGGGCGGGGAUGACUUCAUGCGGCCGGAGCUCGGCGGCGAGCGACGGCUGCAGCUGGCAGGUGGGGCGCCUGGGCCGGAGCGAGCUGACCGAGCACUCGGCGGGCUCGGCGGGACUGCGUCCCGUGGCGGCGGGCGCGGGAACCUGCGCUGACUAGGUCCGGGGAAGUUUCCUGACUUUGUGAGAACCCUGGUUUCCCCAAAGAAGCGAUUUCUGAUAGAAAUCUGAAGGUCAUCUCCGAGAAAAAAGAGAUCUACUACAGUCAAUGAAUUAAAGACAAGAAGGUUUCCAAUCAGUCCCUGCUAUGUGGAUAUUUGGUAGCAAUGACUGAUGUGGAAACUACAUAUGCAGAUUUUAUUGCCUCAGGAAGAACAGGUAGAAGAAAUGCAAUACAUGAUAUCCUGGUUUCCUCUGCAAGUGGCAACAGCAAUGAAUUAGCCUUGAAAUUAGCAGGUCUUGAUAUCAACAAGACAGAAGGUGAAGAAGAUGCACAACGAAGUUCUACAGAACAAAGUGGGGAAGCCCAGGGAGAAGCAGCAAAAUCUGAAAGCUAACACCCCACUUUGACCCUCGACCACACCUGACAAUGUCUCAAAUCUCCAGGAGUGUCUGGAAUGCAUUUGUUUCCAUGAGUGAAAAGAGGAAAAAGAAAAUGGCUGUGCUGCAUUGCAGGAACCUGCUCAUUAUCAUGUUAAAAAUGAGGGCAGAGGCUGUGGCUGCAGGCAGACUUUUCCCUACCUCUGUCAUUAGCAAUGGUUGAAAUCAUGUGGCUUGUGUUUGGGCGUCAUUUUUGUAUGGAUCCUUUCACUUGAUCAUAUGACGAAAUGCUUAUAGAGAGUAGCACCGACCUAGAUGAUGAUUCUUCCUGUAGCAUCUGGCCCCUCACAAUGUCAGAGGAUUUAAUUGUGUCUAAUUGCGAAGGGUUGAUUGAACCCCAGAGUUUAAAUAUCUCUGGCUCAAGUGUUCACCCAGUAAAAGAAAGAUCCAGAAAGCACUGUUUUUAGCAUUACGUAUCUGUGUGUUACUGCUGUGUUAUUUACACUGUUUUGUAUUGUACAAUAUAGAUGCUCAGCACUGCCCCCUUCUCUGAUUGCUUAUGAAAAACAAAAUGAUGUGCAUUACUGUGAAUUUUUAUACCGCUCAUUUUUAAAAGGGCUGUCUUUUUAUUUUGGUUUUCCAUACUGUGAUGGUGUACACAGGAUAGAACACCCUUUUUUAAAACACAGUCUUUCCCCUUGCUUAUUGUAUGUUGAUGAGUUGAUUAAGUCUAACAGAUUCAUCAAGACUCCAUUGCUUUAUUAUACAGACAUUUGAAAAUAUCCAUUAAUGUGAAUAUCACCUGAAUUCAGUCUGUUUGGUGUCUGCACAGACUGGUAUUCAAUCUAUCAAGUUUGUUUUAUUCUCAAGUGGAGAACUUCUCCCACCUAAUAUAUAUAUAUAUAUAUAUAUAUAUAUAUAUAUAUAUACACACACACACACACACACACACACAUAUAUAUAUAUUUUAAUUUAUGAGAAUUUUGGACAAUUGGAAAGGUAGAAAAGAAAAGCCAAGAUCAUACUAAGGACUGGAAAUAAUUUGUUCUAUGGAAUCAAAUUUCUCACAAUGCUGUAUGAUAUUAUUUAAAUUUGGAGGACAACUUAUCUUCACUAAGCUGAAUAAGGUGGAGAAAGUAAUCUCCUGGCAAUCAUGUGGACACCAAUCACAAAAGUAAAGCCCUGGUGUUGUGUUUUCCUGUCUUUUUUCAGCCCUCUCAGAUCCAAAUGUUAUUAUGCACUUUUUAAUGUUUGUAAACUUUUACUAAUAAUUAGUGUGAAUUGCAUUCUGAUACAAUAAUGAUUAGCAUUAGAAGCUAACAAAAUUCUCAUUAAUACUGUGUUUGAUGGCCUCUGCUGUGUUUUAACAUCGUGCUUCUUAUAUGGAAAGUUUUUGUGAGCUGUGUAAUCCCUCUGGUCAGUAUUAUGAAAUCAUUUGUCAGUGGUAAUAAAUAAGGAACCAGUAAUAUGCCAGUGGUUCAUGAAUUACUGGACAAAUAGCAGACAAUGGGAGUCCCUUUACAAUAACAAGCCCACUUAGCUGUCCUUGAGGGCUUAGAUACCAUUCCACGUGAAGUAGUUAGAGCAGCAUUUCAAUAGGUAAUUUGUGUGGUUGUGCCAGAAACUCAGCCCUCCUAUGUAAUUACAUACAGGAUAAAAGGUAAGUCUGCUCACUUCUCCUUCUACAGAACAUUUCAACUGACUGGAAUAAGGGCAUGGGUUGCGUUUAGUACUCAAUCAGAUAUUACUAGAAAAAAAGUUAAUAAUGUGAGCCUUUCUGAGAGCAGAAAGAGGAAAGAUUAAAUUUUAGAAUGCUUCCUUCUGUCUAAUCCAUCAGGGGCCAAAACGCCCAGUAAAAUUCAAACACAUCACCUAUUAAUAGACUCACAAGUGAGAAAAGAGGUUCCUAGAGUUACUUUAGGCAAUCCCUGGUAAACUGUUUAAACCAUCGAACCCCUACAGUCAGUUUUCAGUAUCUUCAUUUAAUAUUUUAAUAGGUUUCUUGUGAAUUUAAACUUCUCUUCUUUCUUAAGGUUGUGAAAUUCCAAACUGAUUUCAUGUGAUUUCGAAAAGUUUAGAACCAGUGCUGAGUGUAUGUGGAGAGUUUAUAUUCCUAUGUGAUAUACUAUUAUUAAUGCAUGUGGUGCCAUGCUUGUCUUUAAAUAUAUAAAUAGUGCUAAAUUGCAAAGUCAUAUGGAGCUUUGGAUUUAGUUUGACUUCUUACUACUGCUUUGUCUGCUAUAUUCAAAACCAAAGGUAUUCCCAAGCUAGGGAGAUACAAAUUAUUUUUCCAAAAUGUCCACAUCCUAUACAUUUUGCUUAUUCAUGGUAUCUCUCAAAUUUUAUUUUAGUUUCCUUUAUUUGCAAGUCAAGAAUACACAUGGAUCUGAAUUUUUAAAGAGCGAAGGAAAGGGUAGGAAACCAAGGCCUUGGGUUUGGUAAUAAGCAUUGGAUGCCUAUUAACCAACUAUUCCUAUGCUAAUGGCUUUGCAGCUCAUCUUCUCCUAUUUGUUCCUCAAACAAUUCUAUUAGAGUGGUAUUUUUAUCCAGUUUCACAGAUUAAAAUAUAAGCACUCAAUAAAAUAUAACCUUUAGAAGCUUAAAGAGCUGGUAAGUGAUGAACUUAGGAUUAGUACCCAUGUUUGUCAACAAUGAGCUUUCCAGUGCACAUGUCAUAAAAUUAGAGCCAACUGCAGAGCUGUAAGGGAACUUUUAGAGAUGAACUUCUGCAGCCUCCAUAUUUUACAGAAGGAAAUUGAAUCCCAGAAGGAGAAACUGCCUUUUUCAAGGCUCCCUGGAUGGGUAAUAACAUAUAUAUGAGUAGGUCACACAAAGUAUAUCUUUUUUUAAAAAAAGAAAUUCAAUUAUGUCUUACUUGGGGGGUAUGUUUCCCAGAAGAUAGUUUUCUGGCAUGUGGUCUGUAUAAAUAGCAUUUUGUUUAAUUAUCAACAAACAUGGGGACUUUGGCUUUUUGACUUAUUUGCAACAAGCAUGAAAUUGUUAAAUUUACCUUUUAUCAAUUGUAAUCAUCCUACGCCAACAUAUUGUUAUCAUAAAUUCAUAGAAAUAUUUUUCCAAUAAAUAACAGACAUUGAAAUUUGAUUCUUAGAUAAUACUCCCAGAACAGUCAAUGGUAAAUGCCCUAUACUUGAGUCUUACUUAGAUACAGUGGCAAUGCACCAUUUUAGAAGAUGAUUGAUACUGCUAUUUCUCUUCAGGGAAACAAUAAUGGAUAAAGAAAUGUAACUGCCGGGCAGCAAAGCUUCUAAGUGAAACCUGUAGUAGCAGUAGUAGUAGGGAGAAAAUGUGUAGCCAUCAAGUGAAAAUAGGAAAGGAUCUAUAAUUUAUGAUGUCUUAAUAGACCCUAAAUUGUUCUUUAAUUACAAGAGUGGCAGUCUCUGAAGUCAUUUGUGAGCUUGUAUGACUUUUGUAUUUAGCAAUGUUGCAUGCUCACAUAAUUGGUAAUUAAAAGUAACACAUUUUUCUGAAAUGUA